UUCUCUCUACCUCUCCUUCUCUCUCUCUUUCUCUCUCUCUCUCUUUCUCUGUGUGACUGCGUCUGGCUGAGCUCCGGUGGUGGGUGUGUGCAUGCAUGUGUUCUGCACCGUACGGGCGGAAAAAGCGCCCAAGAUCUGCAGGGAGCAUCUUCCCCACCAGCAAAGUGGCGCAGACGGAGCCGGAGCGCCGGGAGAGCGCGGAGGGGGCCGUGGACGGCAGCAGGAUGACAGUGCAGGAAUUCAACACCCUCGUCGCGCUGUACCGGGAGCAGGUCAUAUCCGUCGGGGAGAUGUCAGCCGACUGUCCGUCUCUGCGGGUUCAGAUGCACCACACGCGGUCCAAAGGUUGCUCCAUGGCCCGGGCAGCGCACCAGGACCUCACCGUCAUCUCUGUGUCAGGUCUGGAGGACGGAGAGAUCCACCCCGAGAUCUGUCGGCUCUUCAUCCAGCUGCAGUGCUGCCUGGAGAUGUUCAUAACGGAGAUGCUCAAGUCCAUGUGCCUGCUGGGGGUGCUGCAGCUGCACAGAAAAAGAACAGACUCAGACCCGAGGUUGGACUUCAGGGUGGAUGAGAGCUCGGACGUUCCCAUCCUGGAUGACCGAUCCUCCUCCCCCAUCGAUUUUCCUCAUCAGCAGUGGCUGGUGGGAAUGGAUAUUCAAAAUAUAGAGAGAGACAUGCGAGAGAUGAGAAAUCUACUCAGCAAACUCAGGGACACGAUGCCAUUGCCACUGAAAAACCAAGACGACAGCAGCUUGUUGAAUCUGACUCCACACCCGCUGAUCAGACAGAGGAAGAGACGCUUCCCUGGGCUGUGCUGCAUGGUGUCCGGCUGAGCGCCUGAAGGCAGCACGACAGGCAACACAUAAAUAAGAGAUUCAUUCAUCUUAUUUCAUUCUAUUAUUUUAUUUAGUUAGAGUAUUUUCCCCCAUAAUAUCUGAAAUUGUAAUCUUGUAGUAACUGUUAUCUAAUUCUAUGACAUUUGUCUUUUUCAUCUUGAUGGUAACUUUUUUUUUAGCUGGUCGGUCAUUCGAGUCUCGCGUUCUGCGACUCAGCUCUUUCCGGUUCGGUCCGUUUAGUGGCAUAGAAUUUCGGACUUAUAUCUAGUUUGGAUUUGGUUAUUUUCAAAUGUAUUUUAUUCAUAAAUAUCCCGAGUAGAUGGUUCAUAUAUACGAUCCCCAGUGGAGAGGGGGAAAUAGUGAAGCCAAAGUGUUGCAUUAGCCUCGCGAGCUGACUGUCAGUAAUGGAUCAAAUGCAUCAAAAAUAUAGUACUGUGCAGAACUCUAUUUUGUUUACUGGUUCUUUUUCAGGAGAGUCAUCUUUGCAUUUUCUUUCUUUUUCCUUCUAACUUAUGCAGCCAUUCCAACUUAUUGUUUUCUGCCAUUUUUUAUUAUGGAAGAAUAAAAAUGUACAUAUUCAGGCUAUGCACUGGCAUUUCUGGUUUUCAGCUGUCUCACUGUGCUUGCGUCACACCUCCAUGUUUGAAUGUGUCACAAUGUGACAUGCUUUAGUCCCAACGACCUCCUGAUGUAAUUCAACUGAUCAUCAUUCAGUAGAGGCUCUUGCCAGGUGAGUCUCUACUUGCCUGUGUGGGGUGAAACCCCGUUGACAAAGCAAUUCAUAUACAGUGUCAUGAUGCGUGCACUUAAUUGGCUCCUAUAAUUAUUGCUUUUCUUUUUUCUAUAAAAAAAAAAGAUUUUUAAUUAAUCCAACAGUAGGUGUGUAAAAAUAAACGUUAUGCCAAAAAAAGCUUAUAGAUAAUCUAAGCGUCAGCCUUUCAGCAGCGACGAUGAUGUGUAAUGAUGUUGGUCAGUUAGUCGUUCCAAUAUCAACAGAGCAUUAGAGUCAAUCUGAGGGAGGAAAGACAAAAAAAAUGUUGUAAAUUAUGAGAUGUUUCUUUUAAUGCUCCAUCAUAGUAAACAUGUGAGGGCAUCUAAUCUAAUUUACCCAAUCACAACACAUACUGUAUGUUCUCAAAAUGAAAUCUCUUUCUUUGACUUUAGUAUCAUAUAAUCAAUACUUUUCCUUGUGAAAUUGCUUUAUAAUUGUAAUAUUUUGUUUACUCUAAUACUUGUGAAAAAAUGCUGAAUCAUCAGUAUGUUGUUCAUUCUGCCCAACACUUUAAAAGUUCUCCAUACGACAUUCCGACCAUAGAUAUAGCCGCAAACAAUAAUUUGCUAUGUAAAGCUAUAAUGGAUUAUGUCUACCUGAGCAGAGAAUGAAGUCACUCCCCCUGUGUGUGUGUGUGUGUGUGUGUGUGUGUGUGUGUGUGUGUGUGUGUUUGUAAUGCGAGCUUCUCUGUGCUUUGUUGACAUAGCCGGACCAGCCGCCCGUGCCUUGUCGUGCUUGUGAGCGUGCCCCACUGGCUAGCUAGUUGCCGCAGCUCUGCACUGCACUCAUACAGCGGUUUCAGCUGCUAACCUCCGGUCCCCCCUCAGAUAAACACUGUUAUCCCUGUCAGCACUGUUACCACUGUUUGCACCGUUAGCUGCGAGCCACCGGCUCAGCCGGAGUCAUGUUGAGAGCCGUUGAGAGGCAAUAGAUAUGCUCUGAAGUUCGCAUUUAGCGCCUUUAAUAUUUCACUAGCAGGGCUUUUAGUCUUGUUGUACACGAAUGUCCAGCAUGUCAUUAGCAGUAUUCCCUGAUUUUUUUUUUAACUUUCAGCUUAAGCUUUCCUUCGCAAGGGCUUUUUAUGUUCCACAUACAGAAACAGAAGAAUUGAAAAACCCAAACACUAAAAACGAAUUGAGAUGAACUCAUUCAUCCAAAGCACUUCACUGGAGCCAUUUCCCCAUUGAAUGUAAGUGUAUUGUAAUUUGUAAAUUUGUGUUUGUGAAGUUUGUUCUCUUUCUUUGAUGUAAUCUAGAGUGGUGAUGUCUAAGUUGAUAAAUUAUUUGUUUUGGCAUGUAUAUGACUCAGAGUAUGCCAUGUGUAGUUAAUGUGUCCUGCAAUGUAGAGAACUCACAGAUAAACGUAUGUACAGCUUAGGACAUUUUAUAAUGUGAAUAAAAUUUUCUAUACAAGUAA